UUGCAUUGUGCAACAGUGAGAUUCGAAUCCAAGCAUCAUGCUCGGUAAAGAAGCACAAAAUCCCCCCUCAAUUGUACUUCCAAUCAGUAGAAAUGGAAUAAGAGUAGAGAAAGUUGCAUUGCGCAACGGUGAGAAUUGAAUCCGGACAUCAUGCUUGGUAAAACAGUGCAAAAUUCCCUCUCAAUCAUACUUUCGAUCAGUAGAAAGGGGAUAGGAUGAGAGAAAGUUGCAUAGUGAGAUUCGAACUUGGACAUCACGCCCAGUAAAAAAGCACCUCAUACACCAUACCAACCUGUCUCCCCACUCAAACAUACUAUAAAUAUAACUGACCACUCUCUCCAUAAUUACACACACUACUACAUCUACAAAAAAAUGGCAAGACAGAGAUGCAAUUGUGGGGUGCUACUAGCAGUGCCAAACGGUGCUCAAACUUUUUGCUGUCCGGUGUGCUAUGCCAUUGUCGUUUGCUCCAAUAACUAUGGCCACGUUCCACCAGCAGCCUCCAACAACGGCUACAAUGUCCCGGUAGCCUCCAACAAUAAUGGCUACAUGGUCCCGGCAGCGAACAAUUACAAUGGUAUUCCCAACAAUUAUUGUCCUAAUUACAAUCGUACAGACUAUGGUCACAAUAACCAACAACCGUUGUGGCAAUUGCCUCAGCUAUUACCUCUUUCAGUGCAUGGAAGGAGACGGGCAGUGUUAAUCGGAAUAUGCUACCAUGGCCAGAAAAAAAGCCUAAAGGGUAGCAUUAAUGAUGCAAGGUCAAUGAAAAAUUUUCUGGUUAAUAGGUUGGGUUUUCCAAAUGAAUCUGUCUUAGUCCUUACAGAAGAAGAGAAUGACCCAUACCGGAUACCAACGAAGCGCAACAUCAGGAUGGCCAUGAAGUGGCUUGUCCAGGGUUGCCAGUCUGGGGACUCAUUGGUGUUUCAUUUCUCUGGCCAUGCCUCACAAGUGCCUGACCUCGACGGAGAUGAGGUUGAUGGGUAUGAUGAAGCACUCUGCCCUGUUGAUUAUCAGACUGAGGGAAAUAUAUUGGAUGAUGAGAUCAAUGCCACCAUUGUAAGGCCACUACCCCACGGAGCCAAACUUCAUGCCAUCAUUGAUAGUUCCUUCAGCGGAACAAUUCUUGAUCUGCCAUUCAUAUGCAGGAUGAACCACAGGCAAGGAUAUUAUGCAUGGGAAGAUCACCGUGUCUCCACUGCUUAUAAAGGCACAAGUGGUGGUACAGCAAUCUGCUUUAGCGCUUGUGAUGAUGAUCAAAACUCUGGAGAUACUAUGGCUUUCACAGGCGACACUGCAACUGGUGCAAUGACUUAUAGCUUCAUCCAAGCUAUGGAAAAUGAAUGUGGAUUGACAUAUGGCCGCUUACUUCCUAGCAUACGCAAUAAAAUUUGUGAGGCUCAUAAACGUCUCUAUGGUCCUUGUGCACCUCCUACAUCACAGGUGCCUCAACUGUCCUCUACAGAGAUGUUUGACAUUCGCUCAAAACCAUUUGUGCUAUAAGAGUAUACUGUUCAAGCGAAAUUAGUUGCUGCAAUCAAAGUAAUAAAUGUAAUUAGAUGAAUCAGACUGUUUAUGAAUAAACAAAGUACCAUCUCCACAUAAUAGAAGCUUGAAACAAAAUAAAAAUUCGAUUUUGAGAGAGAUGAAACGAGAAGUGUACCUCCAUAUAUAUAUAUAUAUGUAUAUAUAUAUUGAUUAGGCUUCUAAAUAUGCAUUUUUGCUAUAUUUUCCUCCAUCA